AUGAUUACAGAUAGCUUCGUUGUACAGUCAAUACAAGAAGUGACAAGUAAUUUAGAAAAAUCUCUACAAUCUUUAGUGUUCCCAGAUAAUGAAUCUGAAAAUGUGGUCAAUAGUAGCUUAGGUGAGAGAAAUUUAGAAGUUUUACAAAAUCAGUUGUCUGAAAUCAAAAAUUUAUCAGAGAACUUAUGUAAACAAAUAAGUGGAAGAAAAACAUACUCGAACUUGAAUAUUGAUUUUGGUAAAAUCCAAGAGAUUCUUUUGAAAAUAGAUGAGCUCCCAAAAUCCUCUAACUAUUUACAAAAUAUUAUCACAGCUGGGAUUUCUCAUUAUGUACUGAUAAUUUGUUAUUAUUGCCUUACGAAUACAUUAGUCAAUCAAUUGGUGAGAGUUAAUAAUGUUAAAAGUUAUUACGAAUCCGUAUCAAGUUCAAAACUGUAUUCCUUAUUUUAUGGUUUACAGAUUUUACCUUCAGAAUUAUAUUAUGGAAUCAAGGCAGUGUCAAAUAAAAUAAGAAGCAAAGUAUCAGAUCUGAAAUCUGUACAAACUUCAUUGACUCUCGAAGAUGUUAAAUGUAUCGGAACUGAUAUUGCAAAAGACAUAUAUCCACAAUUUAAUAAAUUACUUAUGGUUCAAAGCUUUAAAUUUGUAGGAUUACCAAGGGAAACAACCAAGAAGGUGCAAGUUUUAUUUUCAUUGCCUCAUAUUGUUUUGAAGAACAAAUUACAUAAUCAACUUAACCUUACCGAUUCGAUCCACGAACGCUACCUUAUGAAAUUAGGAUAUUUGAUAUGUAACGUUCAGAAAUCUAAAGAAGAGAAACUAUUGGAUGCAAAAUUAAAUUAUUUCAAAACUUUCUUCGAAAUAGAUUCAAAUACAAACAAAACACUUUCUGAUAUUGUUAAAUUAACUUCAAAUUUUAAAGAAGCAAAUGAGUUAACGAAAAUACAAAAGCCUUCAAUAUUGGUGAGAAUAUGGCCUGUCACGCUUCUGACAUUAAUGUAUGGUCCAUCUUCAAUAUCGUCAUUGUGGCAUAAUAGGAUCGUAAUUGCUGAUUUUAUUCGUGCAAAUCUUAUUGAAUUUGUAUCAGGAUUACUAUAUAACUGGAUCUGGCAACCUUUAAAACAAGUUUGGGCUACUGUAAGACAUGAUGAAAAUAGUUCCAUUGCGAUGAUGUCUCAAGAUACUUUACCGUCAGAGUUGAAUUCAUUAAAUAGGAUGGUGGUCAGUUUAGUGAGCGAGAAUUCUUCUUCCAAUAUAGAUGUUGAUUCUUUAGUCUCUCAAGUUGAGCAUGGAGAUUUAACCCAGUUCAUGGAAAUAUAUGAAAACCAAUUGGAAAACCCUGUAAAAAAUAUAGUUACUGGUAAACUAAUCAGAUCACUAUUAGUUCAAGUGCAGAAGACCAAAGUCGAUGGAUCUUUAGUGUUGGAUGGUGUUGAUAAAAUGUUAAAAUCACAACAAUUAGUAUUUGGUGUAUUGGCUCUAUCUCCCGCAAUUGCAAUAGUUUAUUUUGGAUCUGUAGCUGCUUGUAGGUUAGUGAAGCUUGGUAACAUUUGGUCUAAUAUUCAAACAUACAAAUUAGCCAUGAUUCAAAGUUUGAAUAGCACAGAGAGAUUGAUAUCUUUGAUGGAAGACACUGAAGUUGGGCAAAAAGCAUAUUAUGAACAGGGUUUAUUAACUGUUGAAUUAAAUAUACUUGAAAAAGUAGGAUAUAUAUUAGUAGAACCGGAGAGAAGAAAAGAAUGGUUAAGAGAUAUCACAGAAUUAGGAAAUUUAAAUAAUACUACUUCGUUGAGUUUGAGAAUCAUUAACAGAAUCAAUCGCUCUUAUAGCAAAUAUCUAUAA